GCUGCCUGCCGAGACGUUUCCUGCCCGGGACGCGGCGGAGCCGGAGCGGAGCGGAACGGAACGGAGGCGAGCGGAGCCAUGACUCACCAGACCGGUAUCCACGCCACGACAGAAUUAAGGGACUUCUUUGCCAAAGCCCGGAACGGUUCAGUUCGGCUCAUCAAGGUUAUCAUUGAGGAUGAACAGCUUGUGCUGGGAGCCCACAGAGAGCCGUCCCGGCGCUGGGACGCGGACUAUGAUGCCUUGGUGCUGCCCUUGCUGGAUGAGCAGCAGCCCUGCUACGUGCUGUACCGCCUGGACAGCCAGAAUGCCCAGGGCUACGAGUGGCUCUUCAUCUCCUGGUCCCCCGACAGCUCCCUGGUGCGGCUGAAGAUGCUGUACGCUGCCACCCGGGCCACGGUGAAGAAGGAGUUUGGUGGGGGGCACAUAAAGGACGAGAUGUUUGGAACAGUGAAGGAGGACGUGUCCCUCAGCGGUUACCAAAAGCACGUGUCCUCCUGCUCCGCCCCAGCCCCGCUGACCGCAGCCGAGCAGGAGCUCCAGCAGAUCCGCAUCAACGAGGUGAAGACUGAGAUCAGUGUGGAGAGCAAGCACCAGACCCUGCAGGGCUUGGCCUUCCCCCUGCAACUGGAUGCUCAGCAAGCCAUCCAGGCACUCAAGCAGAAGAAAAUCAACUACAUCCAGCUGAAGCUGGAUCUGGAGCAGGAGACCAUUGACCUGGUGCAUACAAGCCCCACAGAGAUCGCCGACCUGCCCAAGAGGAUCCCCCAGGACUCAGCGCGCUACCAUUUCUUCCUCUACAAGCACUCACAUGAGGGAGACUACCUGGAGUCUGUCGUCUUUAUCUACUCCAUGCCCGGGUACAAAUGCAGCAUCAAGGAGCGCAUGCUCUACUCCAGCUGCAAGAGCCGAUUGCUGGACACUGUGGAGCAGGAAUUUUGCCUGGAGAUAGCCAAGAAGAUCGAGAUCGACGACGGAGCCGAGCUGACGGCAGAAUUCCUCUACGAGGAGGUGCACCCCAAGCAACACGCCUUCAAGCAGGCCUUCGCCAAGCCCAAGGGGCCUGUGGGCAAACGGGGACAGAAGCGGCUGAUCAAGGGGCCGGGCGAGAACGGCGAGGACAGUUAGAUCCUGCAACACCGGGCGCUGAACGAGCAGCGACCCCGCGGCGCUUCCCGCCUUCCUCUCUCCUGACUGGGGGAUCUUUCCCUCCAUCUCAGCCUAUUCUUUUUUUUUUUCAUUCUUUUUUCCUAUUUCAUUCCUUUUUUUUAAACAUCAGGAUGGCUUGUUGCACCCCGGGGCAGAGGGAUGGGGAGGGUUUGGGGUAUCCGGUGUUUCUUUUCCCUGCAUCCUUAUGCAAGCCCUGGGGAUAAGAGCAGCAGGGUUGUGUCCCCCAGCCUUGCCUCUGCUCCCCUCGGGGUCACAGCCACUGCUCUCAGUGUCCCUGGAUGACUGAAGGACACACUUGUCUGCAAGCUGCUCUAUGCAAAGGGAGGGGGGUGGCACUGGGGAUUCCUGUUUGAAAAGAGAAAAUGCUUCUUUCCCUGCUCCCUCAGCCCCCCAGAUUUUGCUCCCCCCUAUCCUGCUCUGGGUGUGCACGGCCCCUCUGCCCCAGGCCUGGAGUGAUCCUGCACCUCCCAGGGUGCAGGCAGGACCCCUCCCUGCAGGGUGGGCUUUGCUGGCAGGAGUUUGUCCCUGGAGUGAGCCAGCCAGUGGGAGGAGGAAUUUUUCCCCCCCCCAGUACUGAGCUCAUUCUGGCCCGGGAGAAAGGUCACUCUGCCUUUGGGUGAUGUUUGCAUCCCCUUUUUGAACUGGAGCUGUUACAGCCCAAACUCAGCCUCCAUCACUGUGUAGGAUGGGAGGUGGGGGGGAGACCCUGAGCCCUGGUCCCCCCCUGCAUGUGCCCCAGCCCCCACCACCACCCCCCUGGUUUGUUGCCAGCUCUCUGGUCUGGAGCAGCCCCCUGUGUUCAAAAUCACAUGGGCUACCCCAAAUCGUUAUGUGGGGAAGUGUGACAGCCCCUCUGUGCCCCCCCUGGGAUGUCCCCAUCCAGCAGGGACCAUCACCAGCUCCAAGGGCACUUCAGGUUAGGCUUCCCUGGGGGCUUUGUGGGAGAGCGCCUUGCUGCUGGGUACCAGUGAGGGCCCAAGAGCUGCCAGCCUCCCCAGGAAGGUGGGAAGGGGGUGGGUGAAACCUGCCCUCUGCUUUCCUGCUGCCCUGGCGACUGUGCCGAUGUUGCCUUGGCCUCAGUGGAGUGGGCAGGGAGAGUGGUUGAAGCUGGGGGGAGCAGAGCACACUGUACUGAAUGCUGUAUUUUCUAAAGAAUAAAGUAUUUUUAAAACAGUC